AUGGGCGCGUAUCUUGCCCCCGUUGCGGCGGGGUACUGUGCUACUACGCAGGGCUGGAGAUGGAUCUGGUGGUGGACGUCUAUUCUGCUUGCCGUCAAUACGCUGCUGUUUGUCUUCGCGUUCGAGGAGACCAAGUACAUUCCUACAUUCGUCGGCGAGCCUCAUGAGCAUGCUGUGGCCAAGCCAGACACCAAUAUACAGACCAACGUCGAGGAGAGCGCGGUCCCGUACAGGCGCAAGUCAUAUAGGGAACGCCUGGCGCUGAUAACGAAGACAGACAACUCGAUCUUCGAAAACAUCAAGCGCCCGCUGGUGGUCCUUGUCUCCUUUCCCGCCGUUACCUUCACGGCGUUCGUCUGGGGCUGCUUCCUCUCCUGGUUUUCGAUCAUUGCAACCACCCAGUCGUCUUACCUCGCGCUUCCACCCUACAUCUACAAUUCUUCUCAGAUCGGACUGUUCAACUUACCCCCGUUCAUCGGUGGUGUGAUAGGCGGUGUUCUCAGCGGCCCAGUGAACGACUGGUAUGUUCUAUGGCGGGCCAAACGAAACAAUGGGCUGUUCGAGCCCGAGACAAGAUUGCAUGUGGGCCUACCUGCUAUUCUCGCAACGCCGGUAGGCCUGCUUGUGUUCGGUAUUGGGCUGGCUAGAGGCUGGCCGUGGUGGUCCCUCGCCCUUGGCAGCGGCAUAUUCGGCUUCGCCAUGUUCUGCAUCGGCGCCUGUGCCCUUACGUACCUCGCUGACUGCUACCAAGAGAUAAUCGGCGAUGCGCUGGUCGGCGUCGCGUUCGUCCGCAACGGCCUUGCGACGGUUUUCGUCUUCGCCCUGACGCCGUGGAUCGAGGCGUCGGGCCUGAUCAACAUGUUCAUUGCGGUGGCUUGCAUUGCAACAGCGAUGACGCUGACUAUCGUCCCGAUGAUUGUGUAUGGGAAGAGGAUGCGGGCUUGGACGGCGGAGAGGUAUGGACGGAUGGCUGUGCUGCAGCCGGGGGCUAGGAGGCUUUGA